UUUUUGCUCGCAGCACGCGCCUGGUGUUCUCAGCGUGCGACGGCUCGUGGCGACGGCGGCGGCUCUCUCGCCGGCGUCGAGCGCACCGUCUGCGGCUGCCGGCGGCGUCGAGCAUACUGCGCCGCUCUCUUCCUCCCCUCGCGCCUUCCUCCUCCCUGCCCCCUUUCUCUCAAUCGCAGAAGGCAGCAGCCCGCCUCGCCUCCCGUCCCUGUGGUGUCGCCGGCGUCGAGCGAGCGCAGGGUCGCCGGCCUCGUCUCCGUGAGUCCCCUCCUCCCCCGCCAGUCCCCUCCUCCCUCAGCAGCCUGUGCGCCCCCUACCCAAACCCUAGACCAAGGCCGCAGCUGCCGGCAGCGGUGGACCGGCGAGCCGACAGUAGGAUGGCUGCCCUGGAGUAACCGGCUGUGCAGGAUCGGCAUUCAACAGGAGCUCUCUUAUAUCAAGUAUACCAGUUGGAUUUUUAUUUGACCAAGGUCAGGUUAGAGACCUGGAGUAGGAGCACAGGCGAGCGGCAUAUAAUGACAGGCGGAUCAGGUGUUGUGGUUCUAGACAAUGGGGGUGGUCUUCUGAAGGCUGGAUUUGGUGGCGACAUGAAUCCGAUUGCUGUUGUCCCCAACUGUAUGGCCAAGCCCCCUGGUUCGAAGAAAUGGCUAGUUGCUGACCAGCUGCAGGCACCAGAUGUUGAUGUUACUGGCAUGACAUUGAGGCGUCCUAUUGAUCGUGGCUAUCUGAUCAAUACAGAAGUGCAACGGGAGGUGUGGGAGCGGGUUCUACGCAACCUGCUUCAGGUGGAUCCAACCAACUCAUCAUUGCUACUGGUGGAACCACAGUUCAACCCUCCAGCACUGCAACAUGCCACUGAUGAGCUUGUGUUUGAGGAGCUUGGUUUCAAAUCUCUUUGUGUUGCAGAUGCUCCUUCCCUUGUUCACCUCUAUGAGGCCAGCCGCCAGCCAUUCCUCUUUCGUGCUCAAUGCAGCCUUGUUGUUGACUGUGGCUUCUCUUUCACUCAUGCAUCUCCUGUGCUUCAAAACUUUACGCUGAAUUAUGCUGUGCGGCGCAUGGACCUUGGUGGAAAGGCCCUCACAAACUAUCUCAAAGAGCUAGUUUCAUAUCGCUCCCUUAAUGUCAUGGAUGAAACACUCCUUAUUGAUGAUGCAAAGGAAAAGUUAUGCUUUGUAUCCCUUGAUGUCCCUGGUGAUCUUCGUCUCGCCAGGUUAUCAUCCAAGGAUAACCCUUUUAGAUGCUCCUACAUUCUCCCUGAUGGUAUAACAUACAAGAAAGGGUUUGUCAAGGACUUGGAUGAGGCACGCAGAUACUGCUCUCUGCCUACUAAUGGAGAAUCAGUUAGAAAAGAUAGUUCUGACAGCGAUAGGAGCAGGUUUGAGGAUAAGAAAAAGCCUGAACUAAGUCAAAAUGAAUUUGUCUUGACCAAUGAGAGGUUCCUAGUGCCAGAGAUGCUUUUCCAUCCAAUUGAUCUGGGUAUGAAUCAAGCUGGGCUUGCUGAGUGCAUAGUCCGCGCUAUACAAGCUUCCCACCCAUAUCUUCAACCUGUGCUUUUUGAGAGCAUUAUCCUCACAGGAGGAAGCACAUUAUUCCCUCAAUUCACUGAAAGACUGGAAAAGGAGCUUCGUCCUCUUGUGCCUGAUGACUACCAAGUGAGGAUAAUUGCUCAGGAGGACCCAAUUCUUGGUGCGUGGAGAGGUGGAUCUCUUUUGGCACACAGGCCUGAAUUUGAAUCAAUGUGCAUCACAAAAUCAGAGUAUGAAGAGAUGGGUUCAAUGCGAUGUCGUCGUAGAUUCUUUCACUGAAGGUGUAGGCCAGCAGCUCAGUAGAAAUGCAAUUUGAAUUGGAAGCUUUGCUCCGUUUAUCUGGUGCCCCUAUUACCGGCAGUAAGAGUCCAAUGACAUUAGUUAUUUCAGCCUUCCUACUAGCUUUUUGCUGACGUAUCAGAGAUAAUAUGCAGAUGUCUCUUAUCACUGACAACAUAGGUCUACAACCCUUGGAAUACAUUGUCGAUCAGACAAAUAGUCAAUUUUGUUUUUCUGCUUUCAUGAAAAGCUUAUUUUAUUUUGAAGAAACAAUGUGCAUGAAAAUCUUUCAGUCAUUCCCUCUGGCAGUACCUGACCUAUAUGCACCAACUUUAGUUUAGAAACAUACACGAUCGUUUUUCAGAAGCAUAUGAAUUUU